UGACCUUGCUACCUUUUUAAUCGGUGCUACUUGUGCAGAUUCUAGCGCUGUCAACAUGGGCAAUGCGAAGGUUCAGGACCUGUCCUAUUACUACAAGCAGGAUGAGGGCUCUGGAAUUCUAUCUAAAACUUUUCAGUCCAGCGAGCAACUGACCCCACUACAGAUACCCCAUCGUCACACCGUUUCACAGGACAGAUAUCGCCAGUAUUGGGAAAAUGCCCCUAAAGUUCCCAGGUGCCUGUGGGGGAGAGACAGGGAGUAUGCUGGGAUUGGUCCAAUAUCUUUACCAGAAGUUCACCGUCCCAAAAUGGAGCCUCCCCCCAAGGUGAUGAAAGGACAUCGGCACCAUGGCUAUGGAGGAUAUGUUUGGCCAACGAGUGUUACAAUUCCACAGUAUUAUGAUCUCACUAUGAUGAAGAAAAGCAAUGUCCGCACCAAUGAUCAACUAGUUCCUAAACCACCUGAUGCUGAACUACAUGAAAAACAGAUACGCCUUCGAUUCCCAGCAGAGCACCCCUACCAGUCCCACAUCUCCAGGUUUGCUGUCUUUCCAAACUUCAAAUCUCCGGAUGAUCCAGACACAGGGGUCCGUGCCAGGAACAUUCAGCCCAUUCAGCCCUUCACACCUGCAAAGGCUCCUGAUGUCAUAGUGCUCAGCAAAACAAGAGGUGGUCCAUACAGACAUGAAAUUGUUGAGAUACCUUCUGCUUCAAACAAGAAAGGUCUGAUUUGGCCUGGGCAAUAUGGCUAUUAUGAUUUCCCUAAAUCAGCUGAGGGGUUAAAACAAGUUUACUACCCGAAGCCACCAAAGACAAUGGCCCCUAAUGCCUCUUUGAGAUCCUGGGAGGCCACGCUUCCAGAAAAGACAGUUAACAUGCUAAAGAAUCUUGAGAGAUCUCAGUGGCUAACCUCAUACAAACUUAAUUACACAGGAAGUGGCCCCAUGAACCCUGUGCAGCUGGAUGACUACCAUGAAAAGAUCAUUGCAGAUGUUACUGGAGAAAUAAACCCAUACACAGCUGAACUAAAAGAGCGCUCUUGCCCAGUCUUCUCUCCGCCCCGUCCUCAAGAAGGUAGAUACUACCGGUUGCUUCAGGGUCACCGCAGGUUGGAACCCCAUCCCACAGAAAACACCAAAGGUGUGUGUGUUAAUGAAGCCAGGAGCCAGAGCUGUGAGCCUGAAGGACAGUACAUAGCCCUUGACAUGAAACAGCCGACAGAGAGGCCUAGAAGCGUUGGCUUUGAGCGCACUGAAGAGGAGGUUCAGCCACCUAGACCUGAUGUGUGCUAUGAGGACCCGCCAAGUAGUGGAAAAGAACAUUAUACAGUGGGGCCAAAUCCAUUCAGCCUCCGUCAACCAUACCUGUGGUCAUCUUUUAAAAACCCCUCACAUUGGAAAGAGCCGAUCAGUGAAGCCCUUCUUCAAGAUGCUGUCUAUCCAAGUACCUUCCAUCUUACUGAGUGUGAGCAGAGGCCUACUUCUGUCAGGCUGCAUGCAGCUAUUAAAGGGAGUGGUAGUGAAGUGCCCCGCCCCCAGAGUGCAAUACUGAAGCUGCAGGACUCCUUCACAAAGUCUGGUGCACACAGGAGAUUCCAUGAGGCCAUUAAAGGGGAAAUGAUGGAUCUGCGAGAAAAUAUUCACACUGGGAGAAGGCAUCAAUUCUUUGGUUUUAACUCUUACUAUUACCGGUAGUAACAGAGAGAAAAAAAAAGUCAUGCAUAUGUCUGUCAGAGGGAGAAGAUCUAAUUCAUUAUAAUACAUGGAAAGUAUGGUGCCUACAAUGCAGACAAAAAGUCAUAAUGAUUAUUCUGAAAAAAGGGAUGGUAUCAUUUUUUAAAAAAUAUUUCUGAUGAAAUUACUGCCAUCCAUCCGUAGUAUAGAAUAAAAUCUGUUCUGUUUGGCUGUGAGCUGAAAUGUUCUCUCUAUGCUGACUUUAGGAUAGAAAAGUAGAUUUGUUUUAUCAUUGAAGAAUUGAAAACGUUUGCCCAAUAGGCAUGAUUUGUAUGCAUGAAACUGUUCAUGCAUUAAGACCUGUAUUAAAAACAACAACAAAAAUAAAGCAUUCCUUAAACCAGA